AGUGAUCAAGAGAAGCAAGAGCAAACUGAGGUUCAGAAGGAGAAGCAGAGAGAGCUGAUCCUGCAGCUCAAGACGCAGCUGGAUGACCUGGAGACGUUCGCUUAUCAGGAGGGCAGCUAUGACUCGCUGCCGCAGUCUGUGGUUAUGGAAAGACAACGGAUGAUUAUAAAUGAGUUGAUAAAGAAACUGGACAUGGACUUGAGCGAAGAUAUCGCAACGCUCUCUCCAGAGGAACUGCGAGAGCGUGUGGAUGCUGCCAUCGCACAGAUUGUCAAUCCAGCCCGGGUAAAGGAGCAGCUGGUGGAACAACUGAAGACACAGAUAAGGGACCUUGAAAUGUUCAUCAGCUUCAUUCAGGAUGAAGUUGGAAGCUCUGGUAAGGCGGAAGAUGGGCACUGUGAAUGUGCAGGCAGAAAAGACGGUGGUGGCUCCUACAAACCAAGUACACGGACGUCUGGAAACAGAGUGAACCCCGAAGAUGCAAGAAAGAUGCGAGAAACAGGCCUGCAGCUCAUGCGUCGCAUGCUCGCUGUGCUACAGAUAUUUGCUGUCAGUCAGUUUGGUUGUGCUACCGGUCAGAUUCCUCGCACCCUCUGGCAGAAGGACCAAGCCAGCAAGGACUAUUCCCCCUUAAUUAGGAAGCUGGAGUUGUCAGUAGAGCGAGUGAGGCAGCUCGCUGUGAAACACCAGCAGCAAGACCACGUCAUCAGCUCCUCAGAUCUGCAGGACAUUCCCUUAGGAGGCAGAGAUGAGCUGACCCUGGCUGUGCGGAAGGAGCUGACUGUUGCUUUGAGAGACCUGAUGGCUCACGGGCUCUACGCCCCAUCUCAAGGAAUGAGCCUGGUCCUGGCACCCAUCGCGUGCUUGAUUCCUGCGUUCACCUCGUCGCCGCAGACGAUGCACCCCUGGGAACUGUUUGUGAAGUAUUACAACGCCAAGAACGGACAAGCCUUCGUGGAAUCCCCGGCUCGCAAGCUCUCCCAGUCCUUUGCCCUGCCC